AAGCAUUCUUAUCGUAUUCUCGAGAGUUGAUCGACGAACAAAAAGAAACCGCUCUGGAUGAAUGACGGACCGAGACGUUAAGCCGACCAAGUUAAAGUAGUAGUAAUCCGGUGCAUCUCGUGGAGAUGACUGGUGUGUCGUGCAGCAUCCCAUUCAAAGACAUGUCACUCGUCGAAUUUUUCAUCAUUUCGACCAUCUUUCUCGCCUGGUCAGCGAUAUAUGCAUAUCCGGAAAAUAGACUGAACGAUAACGCACGGGCAUCAAUUAUCGAGACAGUAUUUGAACGCGAACCGGCGACUUUCAAAUUAUAUACUAGAGAGAACCCAUUCGGCGAAGAAGAAUUGUUUUUAAAUAAUACCGAGGUGUUGUACGCAUCGCACUUCAACGAAAGCAGACCAACUAAGUUGAUUGUCCACGGAUUCAGCGAUAUCGGGAACGAAGGUUGGAUACGAGAUUUAAUAAACGCGUAUCUGCUUUAUCAGGAUGUGAACGUGAUAGUCGUCGGUUGGGGAAUUUUGGCAUCCGACGCCUAUCCAGUAGCAGCUAAGAAUACGCGCCUGGUCGGUGAGUAUUUAGGCCGAUUUUUGGAGUUCUUAAAUCGAGACUCGAAUCUGGAGUACAAGGACGUGCACAUUAGCGGUCAUAGUCUAGGAUCCUACGUAGCGGGUUUCGCUGGAGCUUAUCACGAUGGACGUAUUGGAAGAAUAACAGGAUUGGAUCCUGCGAGUCCUUUGUUCGAGACCAUAUCCGGCAUAGUUGAUCCCGAAUAUCGAUUAGAUCCGACCGAUGCUCAAUUUGUAGAUGUAAUCCAUACUAGCGGUCCGACAUUUGGAUUUCUAGCGCCAUUGGGACAUGCCGAUUUUUAUCCCAACGAUGGCAAAAUUCCUCAACCUGGAUGUUCUUUUGUGCCGACAAUAACUUAUUGUAGCCAUUCGCGAGCGCAUCAGCUUAUGACCGAGAGCAUUGGCAGUACAGUGGGCUUCAAGGCGAGAAUGUGUGAGAGUUGGGAAAAAUAUAAGGAGCAACUUUGCGAUUACAAUCCGAUCGUAUUGAUGGGCGAAUACGCUUCUACAUCAUUACGUGGCAAAUUUUAUCUGUCGACUAAUGGCGCUGCUCCAUAUGCAAUAUAAUAAACGUUCUAAAUAUUAAUUGACCUGAGAAUUUGCGAGCUCAGAGCGAUGAUCGUAGAGCGACGAUCGUAUAAUAUAAUAGUUUGUACUAGUCAUUUAUAAGUUAUCUUAUUUAUGAAACUUUUCAUUCUGAGCGCGUAUCGAAUAUGUCUCGUGCGCAUCGUAUCAGAAUAUACCUUUAAUAUUACGUGAUGUGUUUUACAUACAUACAAUCUUGAAAAGAGUACAAAUUACAUUAACUGCGA